CCUGCGAUAGGCUGAGGCGAAGGGAAGCCUCUCCCCCUCUGCCAGCCCAGCGCCAGGCGCUGGCUCUCCAGCUGUUUGUAGGCCUGGGGGCGAGGGUCCGCGGAAGGUAGAGCCGGCUGCGGCCCCGCCCGCUCACCCUUGGGUCCGGCCGCCGGCUCCCGCCACCCUCGCGCUGCCUCUGGGGCCGGCCGCCUGGGGGGCGGCUCCAGAACCGCUGCCCGCGCUUCCGACUGACCGGCUCUGUUGCCCACAGCCCGCGCUGCCCGCCACGUCCCGGGGCUCGGCCGACGGCAGUGCGUGGCGAGUGACCUCUCCGAUCCUGGCGCGAUGACGGCUCCGAGCUCGCUGGCGCGGCUCCCUCGGUGCGGCCAAUUGGGGCUCGUGCGGUUCCCGCCGCCGCCGCCGCUGUGGCGGCUGCUGCUGCUGGCGGCCGCGGGGCCGGCGCGCGGCUGGGAGAGCGGAGACCUGGAGUUGUUUGACUUGGUGGAGGAGGUGCAGCUCAACUUCUACCAGUUUCUCGGGGUGCAGCAGGAUGCUUCAUCUGCAGACAUCAGAAAAGCAUAUCGUAAGCUUUCGCUAACUUUACAUCCAGACAAGAAUAAAGAUGAAAAUGCAGAAACUCAGUUUAGACAAUUGGUGGCCAUUUAUGAAGUUUUAAAGGAUGAUGAACGAAGGCAGAGGUAUGAUGAUAUUCUGGUCAAUGGACUUCCAGAUUGGCGACAGCCUGUAUUCUACUACAGGCGAGUGAGAAAAAUGAGCAAUGCUGAGCUGGCAUUGCUCUUGUUCAUUAUUCUCACAGUGGGUCAUUAUGCUGUGGUUUGGUCCAUCUACCUGGAAAAACAACUGGAUGAACUGCUUAGUAGAAAAAAGAGAGAAAAGAAAAAAAAAACAAGUGGCAAGAGUGUGGAUGUAUCAAAACUUGGUGCUUCAGAAAAAAAUGAAAGAUUGCUGAUGAAGCCACAGUGGCAUGAUUUGCUUCCAUGCAAACUCGGAAUUUGGUUUUGCCUUAAGCUAAAAGCAUUGCCUCAUCUAAUCCAGGAUGCUGGACAGUUUUAUGCUAAAUAUAAAGAAACAAGAUUAAAGGAAAAGGAAGAUGCACUGACUAAAACUGAACUCGAAACACUUCAAAAACAGAAGAAAGUUAAAAAACCAAAACCUGAAUUUCCUGUAUACACACCUUUAGAAAGUACGUAUGUUCACUCUUAUGAUCAUGGAACUUCCAUUGAAGAAAUUGAGGAACAAGUGGAUGAUUGGCUGGAAAACAGGAACAGAACACAGAAAAAACAGGCACCUGAGUGGACAGAGGAGGACCUAAGCCAACUGACAAGAAGUAUGGUUAAGUUCCCAGGAGGGACCCCAGGUCGAUGGGAAAAGAUUGCCCAUGAAUUGGGUCGAUCGGUGACAGAUGUGACAAUGAAAGCCAAGCAACUGAAGGAGUCAGUGACCUGCUCCCCAGGAAUGGUCAGGCUCUCAGAGCUCAGAUCAACAGUUCAGAACCCCAGGCCGGUGGGGAUGGCCCUGGCCUUGCCAGACGACAUCAUCACCCAGCGGGAAGAGGCAGAGGGGGCCACAGAGGAGCAGGAGGGAGCCUCGGAGACUGAGACAGUGGCUGUGGACAGCCGGCCUCGGAGGCGGAAGUCUGCUCGGCCAAGGGACACGGGCACCAAAGCAGAGGCGGAAGAGCGGCUCCGAGGGCGCAGGCAGCAGGACUUCGGGCUAGAGGAGCACAGUGGGUCCAGCGACGAGGACAGCCAGGAGCGAGGGAGGACGCGCGUUACAGAGGAGCCAUGGACUCAGAACCAGCAGAAGCUUCUGGAGUUGGCAUUGCAGCAGUAUCCAAAGGGAUCCUCUGACCGCUGGGACAGAAUAGCCAAAUGUGUCCCCUCUAAGAGCAAGGAAGACUGUAUCGCUAGGUACAAGUUGCUGGUUGAACUGGUCCAAAAGAAAAAACAAGCUAAAAGCUGAAUAUUCUGGAAGAUGAUAUUCACCUUCAUUUUCCAAAAUGAGUAUUUUAAAAAUCUUAUGCAGAAAUUUGCAUUUUGUACCUCAGUAUUUCUAUACGUCAUGUGCCUUAGUAAAAAAAAAUAAAUAAACAAUAAAUGUUG